GAAGUAGGAGUGUAGGUAUGAUUCAAAUAAGACCCGGCACUGUGCUCAGUUAGUGGAUUGUGGAUACACAGCCAUGGAUUGGAGCCCUACCAAGCUUCUCUACUAUGAUCACAUGUUCCUGCUCCAAUCCUCCGCUACUCUACUCUCCUUCUUCAAGGGCGAUGAUGGUCGACGAGCUUUGAUAUUGGAUUCUACCAUCUUCCAUCCCCAAGGUGGUGGUCAGCCCUCUGACACCGGUUUCAUAGCCAUUUCGGAGUCUGACAUCAAAUUCAUAGUACAGGAUGUUCGAUCCAAGGACGGAGUAGUAUUUCACUAUGGUUUUAUCGAGAAUUCUAAGGAGGAAUUGGAAUCAAAACUCGAGAAAGGGAAGGAAGUUUCUUUGCACGUGGAUGAGCCCCGGCGCAAACUCAAUUCUAGGCUCCACUCAGCUGGGCAUUUGCUAGACAUAUGCAUGCAGACUGCGGGAUUAGGAAAUUUAGAGCCAGGAAAAGGCUACCAUUUUCCUGAUGGACCAUUUGUUGAAUAUAAAGGUGUGGUUCCACAGAAUGAACUGCAAGGCAAGCAAAAGGAGUUGGAGCUAGAUGCUAAUGCAUUGAUUUCUAGAGGGGGAAAAGUUUCUGCUGUUGUUUUACCAUAUGCAGAAGCUGUGGAACUUUGUGGUGGUUGCCUUCCUGAUUAUAUACCUAAGAGCAGCAAUCCUCGUAUUUUAAAGCUUGGAGACAAUCCUGGCUGCCCUUGUGGAGGGACUCAUGUUUCCGAUAUUUCAGAGAUCAUAAGCAUGAAGGUUACUCGAAUUCGGACAAAGAAGGGAGUCACAAAAGUAUAUUACACCAUUGGCUCCUGAUUCUUGACUUGUGUAGAAAAAUCAAGUGAUGGGAGGAAGGAAAUAAACCCGAAAUGGACAUGGAAGCUGAUGGUUGGUUCAGAAUGGACGCACAACAGAAUUGACUUUACUCGAUAUGUCGAGUUGAACGGUAGUUUCAGGUCCUUGUUCAAAUUCUCAGGCGUCGGGUUGCCUCAGAGUCUCAGAUCAUUCAAAGGGAUAAGACAUGAAUCAGAAAGUCUUAACGAUUAUUGUGCGGUUAUAGUAAUUCGAAACGUCCCUAUCAUCAUAUUGUGGGGCUUAGUGUACUUGGCAGACGUACGAAUUGGGUCCACACAUUAGAUUCAUUCUCUAUGGUUUUGGGGCUGCAACCUCUCUAAGGGUCUCAAUCCCCAGCCCCACCUGGCGGCCUAUAGAUUCUUUGAUAAUGGGCAGCCAGUGAAGGGGAAAAAAAACCGAGAAAUGGGCACGAAAUUGUCUCUCCCCUUGUAGAAAAUAUCGUAAAAACCUAUGGUCAUGGAUGCUGAGCCCUCCUCAAAAAUCACACCCGACCUGCUGUGGUGAACCACCAAGCUGAAGCUUGUGUGAUCUACAUGCCACCAGAGGACCUUGAACCCCCAUCCAUUUGAUCCCAUUUCUCAAUACUAUAAAUAUGUAUUGGAGCAGAACUAAAGCCUGCGUUUUUUGCUCUCUCUUU